AUGGGAGAGGACAGGUGGGCACAAGGAGCCGCUAUCAAGGCGGUGGCAAAGGGAAAGGACUGGUGUGGGGAGGAGGCCUGCCUCAAGUUGGUGAGGGCCGAGAACAGAGUCAGUUGGGAGCGGGAAAGGGAUGCGUACGUCAUCGCCUCGAAACACAACCUCACGAACCUUGGCGUCAAUUAUGCGGCGAAGUUCCUGCUGAAGUUCUACGGAUCUUUUGAAUGUAAGGGACAGCUGGUCCUCGUCCCCGAGCUCGCGAUGGAGUGUCGUUUGUGA